UAAAGUGUUGGUCAUGUGAUUCCUGUCAGGACGAGAUUAGCCAUCGCACUGUUUACCUUUCGCUGCUGACGGAAGUAGCAGAGGAAUGCUCGACUUUCUCACAACAUGUACUCUCACGGCUCAGAGAGUUUAAUUAAACAAGCAAGGGAGAUUCAGGAGCCUGAGCUGCAGAAGUUUCACAGCAGAUUAGGGAAGCUGCUCCAGGGGAAGGAGCUUGGUCACGAGACUGUCGACUCCCUACAGAGGCUGCACCUCAUCCUCUCUGCCACCAAGUACACCCGGGCGUUGCCUCCAGAGCUUCAGAAGAGGGUUCAAUCGCUCCUCUCGUCACCUGCGGAGCAGUUUCAGGUGCUGAGCUCAGCUGUGCUCAGAGAGACACUGCCCCUCUCUGAUCAGAAAGAGAACUACAUCCAGGAGAACACCAGCCAGCUGAACAGCCAUGUAGCUGCCCUGCUGCUCUCUCAGGCUGGAUCCAGGGCGGAUGUGACGUCUCUCUGCGCUCAGCUCCUUCGUAGUCUGGAAAGCCGACAAUCAGAGGGGCCGGCCAACUCGCUCACACACACCCUUCCCAUCCUCAACACUAUCCUCACACACAGCCCCGAGUGCCUCACUGAAGAUCACGUGACCCUCCUGAGUAAAAAGCUUGUCGAUUGGUUGCGUUAUGCGAGCAUCACUCAGGGAGGCAGUACGUCUUCAGGAGGAUUCUUCACAGGGCCCAGGUCCCGUCAGCCGGUGCCUACAGCAGAGCUGGACGGGACGGUGUCGGGGGAUUUCUUCACCGUGCUGUGUGUGGGCCAGGGCUUCACUGAGGACCAGUGGAUGAACGUCUACUCCUUUUCCAUGCUUCGCCAUUGGCUCCUCACCUACCACUUCGUUUCCAACGGCAACAGCACAGCUGAUACUGGUAUGACCUCCCCACCAAUUAAAACCACCACAUUUUGCCUUCCCGUGCCAGAGAGGCUCAUUGCUUCAUGUCAUAGCUGCAAAGAACAUCAGCCUCAACGUGUCCACUUCGAAGGCUGUAAUUCAUUCACGUCUCAGAUGACCUGCUCUGUGUUUUCAUCAUCUCCAGCACACAGGCUGCAGCUCAGCCUCUCCUUCUCCCUCUCCCACUCCUUUUCUAAUGAUUUUUUUUUAAGUCUUGACCUCUCGUUCCUGACAUCCCGUGUUGCAGAUGACCGAUCGGAGGUGGACGGAUCAGUGGUUUCCAUGGUUUCUGCGACUUCCUCCUCCAGCCGAUUGCUGCCUCCAAAGGAGCGUGUGAGAGAGAAGGCGUUUCAGUACUGCCAACGCCUCAUCGAACAGAGCGACCGCAAGGCUCACAAAAGGACAGAUACAGACCUGCAGAAAGCGUGUCUGGUGGAGGCGGUGUGUAUCCUGGACUGUGUGUGUGAAGAGGACGCCUCGCUGGUCUACCGAACGUUCCCGUGCAUUAAGGCGCUCUUCGGUCGGCUCAGCUCAGACCUGUCGUUUGCCAGAGUCCUGCUGCCCAUAGCUCAGUUCUACCUCAACCAUGGCGAGAUGGCUGCAGUGGACUGUGAGAGUGUGUGGAAGCUGGUGUUUGACCGUUUCCCUGCCGAGCUGUUCAACGACCACUUCCUGGCACACGAGCUUCUACGCUUCCUUCGACUGAACCUCGAGAGCCUGCAGCUCCGAGUCCCACAGUACACCCGCUCCUUCCCAAACCUGCUGAAGUUCUUAGCGUGGGACAGCCCGGCGGUGGUGGAUGACUUUGUGGAUCUGCUGCCCUCUCUGGUGACGGCAGGAACUGCAGUGGAGCUUCUCCACACUCUCCUGGACCUGCCCUGUCUGUCUGCCACACUGGUCUUGCAAGUCAGGUCAACUAGUUUGCCCAUCUCUGAGCCCGGCGGGCGCGGCCUUCUUUCACUUGAUGCAUUUCGAAGCCCAUCUUUCCGAGGGCUUUUCCUCUUCCUGCUCCGAGGGGAAGCAGGCGCAGGUGACACAAUUGACCGACUGAGCACGCUCCAUGAGCUGCUGGCUGAGACUGCUAAUUGGCCGAGAGUUGUUCAGUGUGCGCAGACUGUCCCUAUGCUGUUGCACAUUUUUUUCAACACAGUUAUUACGGUAGCUGAUGAGAAGCUUUUAGCCCACUUGGUUCUGGUGAUGCUGGAGAGAAGCAGCCUCCUCCUCAACAUCCCGAAGUACAAUAAAGAGAUCCACAGGGUGUUCAGCAGCCACCUGCUGAGGUUGUGCAAGCUCCACCCGUCUCUGGUAGUGGACCAGUCUCACGAGCUGCUGGAGUUUGCUGGAGCCACAGCCAACGUCUACAACAAAGAAGAAAUCUACACACAUGCGGUGUGGGUGCUGGGAGAGUACCUCUCUGUGUCAUGUGACUCUCGCUGCUCUGUGAGUCUCAUCACUUCCUGUUUUGAGGCAUUGGAGGCAGUGCUGUUUGAGAUCACGUCAUCUGCCCCACCACCUGGAGCGGAUUGCCCCGCCCCCAGAGUCGUCACCACUCUAAUGAGCGCUCUGGCUAAGCUCGCGUCACGAUCACAUGACCUCAUACCCAGGGUGUCUCUGUUCCUCUCCAAGCUAAGAACAGUAACCAGAGGCGGGCCAGUUGCCUGGUGCUCCGAUGAAGAGGACCUUGUUGCCAUAGUAAUGCGAGGUGAGGAGUUAUGGUCGCUGCUGAAGGCCCCCGGUGUGGCUCAGAGCGUCCUGACCCCACCUCCACAUGUCACCACACCCCAGUGGCACAGAGACACCAACGUGGCCAUGCCCCUGCGACUGCGAGCCCUCACCAACCUCACACACUCACACUGACACGCACACACACUCACACUCACACUGACACGCACACACACACACACACACACACACACACACACACACACACACACGGACAUGCAAACCAAACAUCAUCGCUUUGGACUUCGCUCUUGGAGAAUCCCCUCAUUAAAUCUUGUUCGAUCUUUGCACAUUAUCUUUGUAAAUAAAUUAAUUGCUUGAUUGAAA